AUGGCGGUUCCAUCUGGCGCUUCUGCUGCUGUCCUGUUACCUUCCGAGCCAAUAUCCAGCGAUCAUAUUUCUGUAAAGGGUCCUAAUCUUGGAAAAUCGCUGUCGCUUUUCGAUUUUCUGCAAAGUUAUACGCGCAUUGGUUUUCAGGCGACUAGUUUUGGCAGGGCAAUAGAUAUUGUGGAUCGUAUGCGUAAAUGGCGUCUAUCCGAUGAACCCUUGGCUGAAGAUGAAGAUGAAAAAUAUCGAUCUCCUGAGAUUCGCUCAGAAACCAAGUGCAACAUUUUCCUUGGUUAUACUUCCAACCUCAUAUCCUCAGGCCUUCGUGAGGUCAUCCUAUUCCUCGUGAAACACAAGCACGUCGCCGCGGUAGUCACUACCGCAGGAGGAAUCGAAGAAGAUUUGAUAAAAUGUCUUGGGAACACAUAUCUCGCUGAUUUCAACUUGGAUGGUGCUGAUCUACGUAGGAGAGGCAUGAAUCGUAUCGGGAAUUUAAUCAUACCCAAUGACAACUACUGCAAGUUUGAAGACUGGCUCACUCCGAUCCUCGAUGCUAUGUUGGCUGAACAGAAGGAAACUGGUGAAGUCUGGACUCCAAGGCGUUUCAUCCAUAGGUUAGGCAAGGAGAUCAAUAACGAAGAGUCGGUGUAUUAUUGGGCAUACAAAAAUGAUAUCCCUGUGUUUUGCCCUGCUUUAACAGACGGCUCAAUUGGAGACAUGAUCUAUUUUCAUUCUUUUAAGAAUCCUGGCCUCGUUCUCGAUAUUGUCCAGGAUAUCCGGGAACUGAACGAGAAAUCACGCAAAUCCCGUAAAGCUGGCAUGAUUGUUUUGGGAGGAGGGGUGUGCAAACAUCAAAUCGCAAACGCAAUGCUCAUACGCAACGGGGCGGACUACUCUGUAUUCAUCAACACUGGCCAAGAAUUCGAUGGAUCCGACUCAGGCGCAAGACCUGACGAGGCAGUCUCAUGGGGCAAAAUUCGCGCUGGGGCGGAAGCUGUUAAGGUGUUUGCAGAUGCAACGCUGGUGUUUCCCAUGCUCGUAGCAGCAACAUUUGCAAAGGAUUAUCAAACAUCAUAG